AUUUAAACUUUAUAUUUUUUCCUGUUUUUGUUUUCUGUUUUCAAAUUGACUCGCGAAUCGGUCGCGUCAGACAGCAAGCGUGCAUCGUCCCCCUAAGCGAAUUCAACCCCUGUAGCACUGCAUUGUUUGGGUUUCUGGCUGUCGAUUGUCAAUGAUGGGUGAUGAUCCUUGGGAUGACUGGGAAAGUGCAGCCGAUGCAGGUCUUAUAGAUUAUAACGCGCCGGUGAAAAGCACACGAAAAGAGAAAACUGAAGAAGAAAAGAGCAAAGAACUUUGGGAAAAAGCUAAUCAGACCCUUACACCAACUGUGAUUCGCACCGAUUCUUCGCGUACUGAGUAUAAACCAGAGAUAAAGAUUCUGAAACGGCCUAGCAAUUUUCCGCGAGGAUCCGGAACGAGAAAGGACCCGGCUACAUCAGCGCCUGUAAAGACGUUGGCUGAACGCGAAAAAGAGUAUUUGGCAGCACGAGAAAGAAUAUUGAAAGAGAAAUAAAAGAAACCUUCACAUUAUUAUGAUGGUACGGAUACUUGCUUAUCCAAAACAAGGGGCAGAAGUAUCAAUGACAACCCAGGCUUCAGUCCGCAAAACUAUUUUAUAUGCUGUUUACUCUUGAUCAC